AAAAAAAAGCUGACAACCUUUUAAAGCCUCGGAGAAGCAGGAGGUGCAGUGGAAAACGGGUGAUCCUGGGAUUUAUUAUUUUUGACAAUCUCAUCGUUUUUGGGCCUGACUCACGGCUUUUGAAUGUUUGGGACGGGCAGCAGCAGGGAAAAGUAGGUUUGCUCGGUGCAAGCAGGAGGGUCAGGCGUCCGUGUGGUGACAAAGCGACGGUGGGGGGGCCGUCGCCCUGUUUCCAGCCCCUCUCCAUCCUUGCUGCCCUCGGACCCAGCGCAGCAGACGGGCUGGCCAGCCCCCGGCCCCCCAGCCCCCCCGGCAUGGUGCAGGAGGCAGCCCCCGUCCUGCUGGUUGUCCUCACCAGGCUGGUGUCAUCCACGUGGCAUGAAGGGUCCGGCUACUACGCAGCAGAGAGCCACACCAAUGAAGUGUACGUGGAAGAACCCCCCCCCGAGCCUGCCCUGGAUUACCGCCGAGUGCCCCAGUGGUGUGCCACCCUCAACAUCCACCGUGGAGAAGCCACCUGCUACUCACCCCGGGGGGGCUCCUACCGCAGCAGCCUGGGGACGCGCUGCGAGCUGAGCUGCGCCCGUGGCUACCGGCUGGUGGGGCCCAGCGCCGUCCAGUGCCUGCCCAGCCGCCGCUGGUCUGGGAUGGCGUACUGCCGACAAAUCCGGUGCCAUGUGCUGCCGGCGGUGCUGCGGGGCUCCUACGUGUGCUCGGCCGGCGUGCAGAUGGAUUCCCGCUGCGACUACACCUGCCUGCCCGGCUACCAGCUGGAGGGUGACCGGAGCCGCGUCUGCAUGGAGGACGGGCGCUGGAGUGGGAGCGAGCCAAUCUGUGUAGAUUUGGAGCCUCCCAAGAUCCGCUGCCCGGAUUCGCGGGAGCGGAUAGCCGAGCCAGGCAAGCUGACGGCUACUGUAUAUUGGGACCCCCCUCGCGUGAAGGACUCCGCUGAUGGCAUCAUCAAGAGGGUGAUGCUGCGUGGCCCGGAGCCCGGCUCCGAAUUCCCCGAAGGAGAGCACGUCAUCCGCUACACGGCCCACGACCAGGCAUACAACCGAGCCAGCUGCAAGUUCACCGUCCGCGUCCAAGUGAGGCGCUGCCCCAUCCUGAAGCCUCCGCAGAACGGCUACCUCUCCUGCACCUCCGACGGCAACAACUACGGUGCCACCUGCGAGUACCUGUGCGAGGGGGGGUACGAGCACCAGGGGACCUCCCUGCGCGUCUGCCAGUCCACCCAGCAGUGGACGGGCUCCCAGCCCCUUUGCGCACCCAUGCAGAUCAACACAGCCGUGAGCUCGGCCGCCAGCCUGCUGGAUCAGUUCCACGAGAAACGCCGCCUCCUCGUCAUCUCGGCCCCCGACCCCUCUAACCGCUACUACAAGAUGCAGAUCUCCAUGCUGCAGCAAGCCGCCUGCGGGCUGGACCUGCGCCAUGUCACCACCGUCGAGCUGGUGGGGCAGCCCCCGCGGGAGGUGGGACGCAUCCGGGAGCACCAGCUGUCCCUCGGCAUCAUCGAGGAGCUCAGGCAGUUCCUGCACCUCACCCGCUCCCACUUCAACGCCGUGCUGCUGGACAAGGCGGGCACGGACCGCGAGCGCUACAUCUCCCCCGUCAGCCCCGACGAGCUCUUCGUCUUCAUCGACACCUACCUGCUGAGCGAGCGGGAGGCGGCACGGCGGGCGCAGAGCGGGGACCCCUGCGAGUGAGGCAGCGCCAGGGAGAGCCCCCCGCGCCCCAAACUCCACCACCGCUGGCCUCGGGGGAAUGGACACCUUCCUUUCUGCUUUUCUAGUCGCCCACUGUAGAGGAGGACCAGGGUGCCCAGGAGCUCCAGGGGAAGGGGAGCCCCCUCUCCGGCUGCUCUGGCACAGAGGGGCGAGCAGGGAUGGGGACAGGGGGCAUGUGCCGGCAGUGUCCCCACUGCCCAGCAGCCAGGAGCAGCAGCCAGCUGCGGCGUGGGACGGCUCAGCCCGGCCAGGACCAUGGCAGGAGAAACGGGAGUGCACCCGGAGGACAGGGGGGAGACGGGGAGCCUGACACUGGGCUGCCAGACCCCAGGAGAGUGGACAGGGCAGGGCAGGCAAGGCAACAGCCUCCAAUGCAGCAGCUUCACCCUCCCCGCAGCCGUCCUCACCCCAUGCACAGCCUGAACCCUCUCCCUCCCCACCUGGGGCAGCCCAGGGUCCUGCCAGACAGCCUCCAGUAAAAGCUCAGCCAAACCAGUAGCAGCCAGCCAGCGCGCAGCUCACCCUGCCCCUCGCUUCCCCUUCCACCAGCCACAGGGCACCUUUCCUGCGAACUGUUUUGGCAGUAGAACGUUAACUCAGAAUAAAUAAAUUUAUAUAAAAGUCAAUGCUGGCAGAAGGUGUGUCACACGGAGACCUGGGAAACGCAUCCUUCCUGGGAACCAGCCCCCCAUCACCACCCCAACUCCAUCCUGGCCCCACAGCCAGGGC